AUGGGGGUGUGCAAUGAACAAGGAGCGACCCUGGAGCCAGAGACCGGUCAUAUGAUGAUCAAAGACAGAAAAGGAGGGUCCCCUCGCAGUCGCCGCACCCCCCUCUCCCAUCGCAGACAGCUCAGCAAGAGAAAAGACAUGAUGUUUGUGGUGGGGGGAUGGACCCAGGAGGACCCAUCCUGUUUGGUAGAGCAGUUCUGUCCUGAGUACAAUGAGUGGCGGGCUGCAGCACGCAUGGUCAACAAUCGUGGCAAAGUGGCCGUGGGCACGCUGGACGGCAUGAUCUACACAGUGGGGGGGGAGGACCACAUCCGCUGUUACAGCAGUGUGGAGAGGUAUAACCCCGACACAGACAGCUGGAGCACAGAUGUAGCACCCUUGAGCAGCCCCCGCAGCGGUGUGUGUCUGGUGGAGAUGGACGGAUACCUGUAUGCCAUUGGAGGACACGAUGGCAUCGCUGCUAUUAAUACUGUGGAGAGGUAUGACCCGAGAAUGAACACAUGGAGCAAGCAGGCAGCGAUGCUGGGCAGACGCAGCGGGGGGGUGGCUGCUGUGCUGCAGGGUCAGCUGUACGUGAUGGGGGGCAAUGAUGGGGUGAUGGCUCUCAACUCAGUGGAGCGAUACAACCCUGUAGACGGUACCUGGUCGAUAUGCGCCCACAUGCUGAGUCCCAGGGAGAACGCGGGCUGCGCCGUGUACCUGGGACACAUCUACGUGUCCGGAGGCAGAGACGAGCUCAACCUGGAGCUCUGCGGAGUGGAGAGGUUUGACCCGGACAACAUGAGGUGGACUCCUGUCAAACGCAUGAGGAGCAAGAGGGACAAUAUGUCCCUUGUAGUGUUCAAUGGAGCCUUGACGGCUGUUGGAGGCUCUGAUGGUGUCACCAAUCUGAAAACAAUUGAAGUGUACUGCCACGUAACCAACACAUGGAGACACUUUGGAAGCAUGAAGAGCAAACAUCCAGGAGGCAGAGUGGCUGUGCUGUGCUGAGACUCGACAAUGCUCAUAUUAUAUGAAUAGGACAGAGGUGUUAGAGAGAAAUAGCCUAAUGGAUGUACGCCUGGCUCCACAGACACAUUGUGAUAUGGUUUAAGUAAGUCUGCAUAAUGGCCGCAUAAUUGAAGAGUUCACUCUAAAAUGAGACAUCGCUGCAUUACCCAA